AUGAGUGAGGCACGCCAGAUUCGGAGCAUGAUUGACUUCAUCGAGCGCGAGGCGCAGGAACGGGCGGAGGAGCUCGACGCCGCCGCUCAGGAGGAGUACGACGUGGAGAAGAUGCGCCUCGUCGAGGUAGAGAAGGUGAAGGUGCGGGCCGGCACGGAGCAGAAGAAGAAGCAGGUGGACAUCGACCGCCGGGUGUCGCGGGCCAACUUCUCCAAGACACAGCGUCUGCGCGUGAUGGAGGAGCGCUCGAAGAUCAUGGAGCAGCUGCGGGAGAACACGCGCCGCCGCAUCGUGGCGUUCGUGCAGGACACUAGCAGGUACCACAAGCUGCUGCGCGACCUUAUCCAGCAGGCGCUGCUGGGGGUGCGGACGGACGCCGUUGUCCAGACACGCAAGGAGGACGCAGCCGCCGUGAAGGGGAUGCUGCGGGACGCGGAGGAAUGGUACGCAGCGCGGGCGGGAGAGCGGCUGCGUGUCACACUCAGCGACGACUACCUCGACGCCGCGGAGGCGUGGGGAGGCGUCAUCGUCACCUCGCAGGACGGCCACAUCAUCUGCAAUUUGACUCUUGCCUGCAGGAUGCGGAACUGCUUCGAGGACCAGCUCCCCGCGAUACGGUACUACCUCUUCAACGCCGCCGCCCCUGUCUGA